CACAGCUUAUUUCUGCCUCUACACCGUCUUCUCCGACCAAGGUAGGGCAUCCCUCCCGUAUGUCUGCUUCAGUGAUAGCCUGGGAAAGGCAUCACAUUCCCAUUUCCAUCUCCAUAUCCAGGGCAACCCGAUACCAAGACAAAUCACCAACCACACCCAGCCAGGCCGGAAAACAUCCGUCCAAGCAUCUGCAAAGCGCCUUUGAGAACCCUCCCCGCUCCCGGCUGUCCCGAUGUCUUCAUCAGGCUCGUCUCCACUCAGCCCACCGCCCGCCCCACCAUCCAACAGUGGCUUGCCUCUGUCGCUCAUCAUCGCCCUGUCCUGUCUCUUUGGUCUCCCCGGGCUUGGCCUUACCAUCAUGGGCCUGCGCGAGCUCCUGUUUUGGCUUCGCCGCAAGUCGACUCCAAAGCCCUGUCUAAACAUCAUCGAAGCCACAGCAAUCUCGGGGCUCGACACUUUCCCGUUCGCGACCGGAAAGCCGGGCAGCACCUUCAACGACCUCGAGGCCUGCAAGCUCUCCCCGACCCUGGAGCCAUUGUGCCGAAAGGCAAGCCUCGACUCGCUCAAGGGAACCGAGAAGGAGCUCAAGACAGCAGUGCUCAAGACAGCAGUGCUCACCACACCCGAUGGAUUCCACGGCAGCCACAAUGCCCUCCAUGACACUCUCCCAAGAAGCAACAGGCGCAGCAGCAUCCAGAGCGUACCUGAAGUCAAAGCGGUCGACUCGAGGUUCCUGACCGUUCCGUACCCGGAUGCAGCGUAUCCAGCACAGUCGGACGAUACCAUGGAUGAUUAUGAUUAGGCUGGCUGGCCGGCUGACUGUUCAUGGGGCAAUGGUGUCUCUGAGCCAUCCGCGAGAGCCAUUCGUGAUGGACAUCGGACCAUCGAGUCGGUAGAUAGGCGCAGGGUCUGUACUUUGCAUUCAAGGCACGCUGUAUUUUAGGUGCACUGGGUGUGAUGGCGAAGCAAGGCGAACAGGAAAGGAAAUCGCAGAAAGGGGAGAUAGCAGAUAGAUGCAGCUACAACGGCAACAGGUCCGUCCAUCAUUCAAGUGGCAGAGAUA